AAAUUCGAACAAUUUGCACAAUUCAGUAUUUACUCCUCAAUAAAAGUUUUUUCAACUUUAUUUGAAAAUCUGUAUAAAAUAAUUAAUAGUAUUGUGUGUUUUAUUGUGACAAUGAAAGCAAUAUAUUUGUUUAUUUUAUUUAUAUUGUGUUUCGAAGUGCACGCAAUUUCAAAUUUAGACCAACAGCUAAUUAAUGCUGCUAAAAAUGGUUAUACAGAUAGAGUCAAAACUCUAAUCAAAAAUGGUGCUAAUGUGAAUUUUAGAGAUGUUGAAAACGAUACGCCACUUCUUUGGGCUGCUCACAAUGGUCACAUUGAAACGAUUAAAGUGUUAUUAGAAAAUGGUGCAAAUAUAUUCGAUAGAAAUAAAGCAAAUGAAACUUCACAUGAUUUAGCUGUUCGAGAAAGUAAAACAGAAGCAGCUAAUCUUCUAUUGGAAAUGAAGAACUUUAUUUCUGUUCUGAUCUCUUUGCCUGAAUUUAAUAUCGGAGAAACGAUAAGACUACCAUGUAGCGCAUAUAAGAAUGUUAUACACACUCCAAUCACAGUGGCCUGGCGUAAGGCAAAUGGAUCUCUCCCGGAUCGAUCAUACCAAAAGAAUGGUGUUCUUAUAAUCACAAAUGUUCAAUGUGCAGAUAGCGGUGUUUAUGUUUGUAAAGCUGAAUAUGAAGGAAAUAUGAAGGAAGAACGUACGACAAUUACUAUAAAAGAACUUUUCUCGCUCGUUCCAUAUAAUCGUUCCAAUCAAACCGAAAGCCAAGAACCAUGGCAAGCAUUUCAUAGCGCUGUUGAGAGUGGUAAUCUGGGAACAAUCGAAGAACUACUACAAAAGGGAACGGAUAUUAAUAUCACAGACCAUAAUGGCCGAACACCUUUAUUUACUGCAGCUCAAAAUGGUCGACAUCUUAUAGUUGAAUUCUUGAUAAAUAAUGGUGCCGAUAUAAAUCUGAAAGAUUACUACGGUGAAGCUCCGAUUCACACGGCAACUUCAGAAGGUCACAAGCGAGUUGUUGAAAUAUUGAUCAAAAAUGGCGCCAACACAAAUAUCAAAGAUGAUAACAGACGUGCACCAAUAAAUAUCGCCACUCAAAAAGAUUAUGAGCGAAUCGCUGAAUUGUUACUCAAAAAUGGGGCAAAUGCAAAUAAUCAAGACAAAGAUGGAGUAACUGCAUUGUUUACGGCUGCAAGCUUCGGGCGCGAUAGACUGGUUCAAAUGUUAUUGGAACACGGUGCGAAUGUUAAUCUUCCAAACAACCGCGGAGAAACACCAUUAUACAGCGCCACAACAGCAGGCUUUGACGAUAUCGUGGCACUGUUUAUCCAAAACGGAGCCGAUGUUAAUAAACAAGAUCAAAAUGGAUGGUCACCACUACACGUGGCCACUCAUAAUGGUUUAUUGAAGAUGGUCGAACUUCUAUUGAAACAUGAAGCCGAUGCGAAUUUAAAAAACCAAAACAACGACACAGUCAUUGAUCUUGCUAUAAGAAAAGGAAAUGAGAAAAUUAUUAAACUUCUCAAAAAACGUCCAGCAGAAAAAGCAUGCGCAAAUUAUUUAAAAAAUCACAGUUUGCAUGGUCUGAAUAUUACUUCCCUAAAAAGUCGAAUUUUGGGUGGUGGGGAAGCUGAUUCACAAGAAUUUCCAUGGAUGGCGGCUUUAGGUUAUUUAAAUAAUAAUUACCAAAUCACCUUUGACUGUGGAGGUACAAUCAUUUCGAAUUAUUUCAUAGUAACAGCUGCUCAUUGUGUUGUUGAAUCUCGACAACCGAUAUUCAUUCGAUUAGGAAAAAUUACUAUGACCGAUAACAAUAAUAUCGAACCAGUAAAUUACCGGAUCGCGGAUAUUAUAAGACAUUCGAACUAUUCGGGACUCACUAAGAAAAAUGACAUCGCCUUAAUUCGAGUUGCAAAACCAAUUUUGUUCACGGACUAUAUUAUGCCCGCAUGCCUGGAACUCGAUUCAAAUGAUAUGGACAUUGAUAUUCCGCUGAUUGUGACUGGUUGGGGAUCAACAGCCGAUGCCUCAGGUCUCAAUAGAUCAGACAUUCUGCUCAAAGCUCAAUUGAAAACAACGCCACUGUUCGAAUGUAACCAAACGAUGUUGAAAUGGAAUGAAGAACCAAAUCAAGCAGCUUUUCGAGAUGGAAUUAGCCACGGACAGUACUGUGCCUCUGACCCACAGGGAAGGAAUGAUAGUUGCCGGGGUGAUAGUGGAGGUCCACUUCAGUACAUCAGUGAAACAUUCGGGGCAACAGUUGUGGGCAUAGUUUCUUCUAGCGUAGGAUGUGGAACUAUAUUGCCCGGCAUUUACACUCGCAUCGCAUAUUAUUUAGAUUGGAUUGAGCCCAUCGUCUGGCCAGCUCUAUAAAAAAAAAGAAAAAGAAAAACGAAAGAAACAACUGAAUCAAACUAAUUUUAAUUCAUUCUUUUGUUUAGAAACAAAAUUAUAUUUAAAUGCACAUUCAAAUGGAUUUUAUUCUUUUGAAUCAUGAUUAAACUAAAUAUAUUUCAUAGAAACACAACAAUUAUAUAGAUAUCAGAAAUUUUGUGUUUUAAAUUUAGAUUUCAUUACUCAUUCGUUAUCUCGAAAUUUUUUUAUUGAUAAUAUUUCGAUAUUCUCUCUUUUACUUUUCCGCACACACCUAGUGUGUAAGGGAAAGUAUUGCAAUAGGUCAAA